CGGCUUAUUUCGAAAUCCAAUAUUCAGCCAAGGCGAAGCUUGUUCCGUCGAUUCGAACUUCCUUUCCUGAAAUGUUGCCCUGAUGCAGCUUGCUUGCCCAAAGCUUGGGGCUAUGCUCCUAUCCAUGCCAACAAGGAUUCACAUCCUGACCACUAGAGACGACUUCUACGUUCACGAUCUGCAGCCAGCUUGUAUUUGAAAAAGGUCUAAAUGUGCUCCGAGUUCCAAUGCUCGCCAAGCUUCGACACCGACUGUUGGUUGUGUUGUUCGAAUGCCCAUCGUGCGUUGCGCCGUUUCAAGAACUUUUCACGAGGAAACCGGCCAGUCCGAUACAUGCAUGCCUAGCUUUCCCAAUAGUUUCUGAUACUGGAUACUAUCUGCUAUGCUUCAUGCGUCCUCGAAACGGAUGGCCUGAAGACUCCCGAUGCGGCCCGCGAGUGGUUUCCUGGCAUGAGACACCGUUGGCUCUAAAAGUGAUCAACCAGCACAUUCCAAUAUUUAGGCGGCAUCAUUGGUCUUUGCCCUCAGCUAAUGGUUUGGCUUUGACGCAAGCAUGCAUUUAUCCCCCGCAAGAUAUAGACGAGCGACGCCCCGACCCCUUGCCAAGCAAAUAUUAAGCAUCUAAGGACCAACAGUCGAAACAUUGGUCAACUGACGAUCUUCAAGCGGGAAGACACCGAAUGAGUCGGCUUACAGGUCAAGCUUAGAC